UCACAAAGCCUCCCUUGACUAACGCAGGCUGCAGAACAGCGGGCGCCAUCAGUGCCCCCGGGGAGCUGAGGGCGGGGAGGGAAAUGGACAAAAUAGGAUGCAAGGGAAGGACUAGCCGCCUAGCAGGGGAAGGGAGAGGGGGGAGUUUAUACAGACACGCCAGAGUGACCUGGCUACACAACAGGGGGCCGCAUAUGUGAAGGGGCGAUUCCCCUUCUCUCCUCAGUCAGCAAACCCGCUCCCUGCUCCCCGGGCCGCGCCCACCGCUCGGCCAGACCCCGCUGUGGCGCGGAGUUUCCCGGGGCGCUGGUUGCAGCUCGGGGGGAGUUUUGCCAGAGGCGGCAGGAGCGAGGUGCAGGGUCCCUGCGAGGCAGACGGGGGCAGGGUAAAGUCGGGGCCGAUCCUGGUUCUGCCCCGUCGCUUCUCCGCCCUCCCUGCCCGGGGGCUCUAGCCCGGCCGGGUGCCCUCGCUGGCGGGGGGUGGCCGGGCCCAGCGGCCCCGGGGCGGGGGCAGGACUGGCCGGGCCGGGAGGAGGAGCCGGGCAGCGGCUCCCGGCGGGAGCGCAGAGCUCAGUGUCCCGAUGGCCCUCGCAGCGCAGGCGGCCGGGCUCAAUGUCACCCGGCUGGACGGGGACUGGCAGAUUUACUCUGCUAUAAAAUGGAUACAGUUUGUCAUGGCCACUUUAAGUGUUAUAGGUUCCAGCUCAAUUAUUGCAUAUGCUGUCUUUCAAAAUGUAGUGAGAUCCCCAGAGGUGCGCCCUCUGUUCUACCUGAGCCUCUCUGACCUGUUUCUGGGGAUGUGCUGGCUCAUUGGGGCGCUUCUCUAUACCACGCCAACCACAAAUCAAGAUGUUGUCUGCUAUAAUCUUCAAACAACUGGUCAGAUAUUUUAUGUAGCCUCUUUUCUGUACACUGUCAACUAUACCUGGCAUCUGUACAUGGAUUUAAAGGUGAAAUACAAUCAGAACCUGUACAGCAUGUCCCCUCUGGCUUUAGAUCAUGCAAAUUGCAUUGGCCGAAUAGCAACAAUUUUGUCCAGCGUCAUCCCUUUCCUAUUAAUGGUUCCUGUGUUUUGUCUGGGCAACAGCAGUGAUUGCUACCAGAACUUCAGCCAGAACAACGGGUGUCUCCUGAUGCACACAGAAGCAGCCAUGCUCACUGGCCAGCUGCAAACCCACGGUGGCUCUGUUUGUUCUGUGAUAUAUUUCUAUGGUGUUGGAGUCUUCCUGGUCUCCUUCCUGAUCAGCUUCAUAGCCAUUAUGGUUCUUCUCAUCCAAGCCCGAGCUUUGUACAAAAGGUUCAUAAACUCAACAGGAUUCCUGGGUGAUCAACAGUGGGCAAUGAUAAAGAUAGUGGAACAACGAGUGGUUUUCUACCCUAUCGCUUUCUUCUGUUGUUGGGGCCCAGCCAUCCUCCUCGGAAUAGUGAAGUUGACUGUUUCAGUGAACAGCAGAAUCUGCAUGGUUCUUUAUAUUCUACAGGCUCUAACAGCAGCUUCCCAGGGGCUCCUAAACUGCAUCGUUUAUGGGUGGACCCAGCACACGUUCCGCUGCAUGAAACGCAAUGCUUGCCGUGACAUCGACACACAGACACCUCUCUUACGUUCCCAGAAGAAGUACUAUGCCAGCACGUACCCCACCAGCACCCAGGCAGCAGCUGUAGCUACAUCCACGGCGUUGUGAUAAUUCCCUGCCCAGAAGGAGUGGGCAGCAUGUUGCCCUGCAACCCUGGCCCGGUCAUGUCUGUGAGACAUCAGCUAGAGCUAUUCUGCUGAUUUUCUUGUUCUGAACUGUUUUGUCAGUAGCACAUGCAGAGUUAGACUGGAAAAGCCUGAGCACAUCUAGCUGGAGAUCAGCUGUUUUCACUGAAGAUCGUUAUUUAUUUUAUAGUUUUUUAUGAAUUUGUAAUGGAUUAUUUUACCUGUGUAAGCCAUUUAGUGCAGUCUUUUCCUUAUGGAAACAUCUCCAGGAUUUGUUGGGAAUUGUAUAUCAGAGAUCCUUUACAGCUCCUUAAAGACAGUUCUCAUAAGGGUAGAUGACAUGGGGAUGUUUUUCUUACCUCAGUGAUUAUCAGCUAUUUGUAAUUACAAUUGAACAAUAAAGCCAAGGUGACUAUUUAUAAAUCA